AUGAAGGUUGAGAUGAAGGAGAAGAUCGUCUCCGAGGAGGCCAAGGACUCCGAGGCAAUGGAUUCGGAGACAAAAGAGAAGAUGGAUACUGACGCAAAGCAGAAGAUCGAGGCAAAGAGCUCCGAGACAAUGGACUCAGAGACAAAGGAGAAGAUGGAUUCUGACGCAAAGGAGGAGAUCGUCUUAGAGGCAAAGGACUCCGAGACAAUGGACUCGGAGACAAAGGAAAAGAUGGAUACUGACGCAAAGGGUUCUGAAAGCGACAAGAAGAAUCUCGGCAACGAAGCAGAAGAGAAGAUUGAAGAGAACAAGUCUGACGCCAAAUCCAAGAAGACGGAAAAGAAGGAGAAGGAUGUCGCCAAGAAAGCCAAGAAGAAGAUCGAAACAUUCAAGAAGAAAAUGAGCUGGGAAGACUGCAUCAAGGAAUGCAAGGAGUUCCUAGCGGAGAACGGUCACUGCAAGAUUCCUACUACUGGUAGCUAUAAGGGAAACAAGACUUUUGGCAACUGGGUACAGGAGACGAGGCGAAACUUUAAACUCCAGAUGACGGGCGGCAAAAAACCUCGCAGAGCAUUGACACAGGAACAGAUCGAUGAGCUCGAGGAGCUCAACUUUCACUGGGGGGUCGAACUCGACCUGAACAAGGUUAAGGAAACGGACACAGCGUGGGAAGCCAAUUUCCAAAAGCUCAAAGAGUACAAGGAUGCCAAUGGAGACUUUGAUGUUCCCAUGGAGUCGGAUUCGCUGAAGCUAGCAAAGUGGACCAGAGUCCAAAGGACCCAAAAGUACUACCGCGACACCAAGCGCAAGUGUUUGAUUAAUAAGGAGCGUAUCCAGAAGCUCGGCGACAUUGGUUUUGAUUGGAAAGGUGAGCGCAAGAUGGACUGA